GCGGGCAGGCGGGGUGAGCCGGUUUAGGACCCGUUGCUGUGGACAGAGAGACGGGGACGUGAGCGGCCAUUGAGGGCGCCCAGGGUGCCAGUGAGCCCCCUCCCUCAACCCAUCUGCUCGGUUUGCGGGCUGAGCUAUGAGGGGCUGAGCUUCGAUGGAGGACCACAUGAUGGGGCACAACAUGGAGAAGCGUUAUGAGUGCGACGUGUGUGGCAAGGCCUGGCAGGUCCCGAGCCGGCUGGAGACCCACCGGCGGGUGCACACGGGAGAACGCCCCUUCAACUGCUCGGAGUGCGGCAAGAGCUUCACCUGCUACGGCAACCUGCUGCGGCACAACCUCGUGCACUCCGACGAGCGGCCCUUCACCUGCUCCGAUUGCGGCAAUGGCUUCAAGACGGCGAAUCAGCUGAAGAUGCACCUGCGGGUGCACACGGGCGAGAAGCCCUAUGGCUGUUCCACCUGCAACAAGAGCUUUGCCCGGUUGUCGGGGCUAUGGCAGCACCGGCGGGUGCACAGCAGUGAGCGGCCCUUCACCUGCUCCGACUGCGGCAAAGGCUUCAAGUUGUCCACGGAUCUGAAGAUCCACAGGCGCCUGCACACCGGAGAGCGGCCCUGCACCUGCAACGACUGCGGCAAGAGCUUCAUCUGCUCCAGCAGCCUGUUGGAACACCAGCACAUCCACACCGGAGAGCGUCCCUUCAUCUGCGCCCAGUGCGGCAAGGGCUUCACCCACUCCAGCAACCUGCUGGUGCACCAGCGCACACACACCGACGAGCGAUCCCACACAUGCGCCCAGUGCGGCAAGGGCUUCACCCGCUCCACCAGGCUGCUGGAGCACCAGCGCACCCACACCGGCGAGCGUCCCUACACCUGUGCCCAGUGCGGCAAGGGUUUCACCUGCUAUACCGGGCUGAUGUCCCACCAGCGCACGCACACCGGCGAGCGACCCUUCACCUGUGGCGACUGCGGCAAGGGCUUCACCCAGUCCCACAGCCUGCUGGUGCACCAACGCACCCACACCGGCGAGAAGCGUUAUGAGUGCGACGUGUGUGGCAAGGCCUGGCAGAGCCCGAGCCGGCUGGAGAUCCACCGGCGGGUGCACACGGGAGAACGCCCCUUCACCUGCUGGGAGUGCGGAAAGAGUUUCACCCAGUCAUUCACCCUGCGAAUGCACCAGCGCACCCACACCGGGGAGCGCCCCUACACCUGCGCCCAGUGCGGCAAGGGCUUCACCCGCUCCAGUCACCUGCUGGAGCACCAGUGCACCCACACCGGCGAGCGGCCCUACACCUGCAUCCAGUGCGGCAAGAACUUCACCAGCUCCACCAGGCUGCUGGUGCACCAGCGCAUCCACACUGGCGAUCGGCCCUUCACCUGUAUCCAGUGCGGCAAAAGCUUCACCCGCUCUAGCGAUCUGCAGGUGCAUCAGCGCACCCACACUGGCGAGCGGCCCUACACCUGCAGCGACUGCGGCAAGGGCUUCAGCCACUCCGGUUACCUGCUGUCCCACCAGCGCACCCACACUGGCAAGCGCCCCUACACGUGCGCCCAGUGUGGCAAGGGCUUCAGACAGUCCAGUCACCUGCUGUCCCACCAGCGCACCCACACUGGCGAGCGGCCCUACACCUGCAGCGACUGUGGCAAAGGCUUCUCCCGCUCCUACAACCUGCUGAAACACCAGCGCACCCACACUGGCGAUCGCCCCUACACCUGCAGCUACUGCGGCAAGGGCUUCACCCGCUCCGACAACCUGCUGAAGCACCAGCGCACCCACACCGGUGAGCGCCCCUACACCUGCAGUGACUGCGGCAAGGGCUUCACCCGCUCCGACAACCUGCUGAAGCACCAGCGCACCCACACCAGCCAGAGCCCCUUCACCUGCGCCCAGUGCGGCAAGGGCUACACCACCUCUACGAAUCUGCUGUCCCACCAGCGGGUGCACACUGGCGACCGCCCCUUCCCCAGCCCAGUGUGUGGAGAGCGCUUUGCCAUGGCCUCCCACGCUAUGUCUCACCAGCGCGUGCACAGCAGUGGGCAGCCCUACGAUUGCCCGUAUUGCGGUGAGGAGUUUGACAGCUUGCGGGGGUUGCGGCAGCACCGGCGGACCCACGUCGGCGAGCAGCUGUGCCCACAACGACAAGAACGCACGGGGGCUGCGGAAGCACCAGCACCGGAGAGAGACCCCUGGUGUGUGCUGAGUGAGGCAAGGGUUUCACCUGCCCCUCCAGCCUGCUGACACUGCCACGUGGAUAGAUAGGCAUUGUUUAGGUAAACACAAAAUGCUGGAAGUAAUGGGUAACGCUUCAGGGUUGUUUCUUCAGUCACCCAUUCCUUAUCUCCAGAGAUGCUGCUUGAGUUACUCCAGCAUUUUGUGUCCUUUUUUAUAAACCAGCAUCUGCAGU